AUGAUAGAUACCAACACAAACGCUCCUCCAACUCGACCUCGUGUCCGGGAUCUUCUGCCAAAACUUCACCUUGGUCGUCACCGCCCUGGGUUACUAAACUCUCUCACUGAUGUCCCUGGUGUAUUAGUCCAUACUGAAUCCAUACACCGACCGUCUACAAAUACCAGCCAUGCGAUCAAUACAGGCAUAACCACGAUUCUGCCCCGUCGGGAUUGGUUCAAUUAUGGUUGUUAUGCAGGCUACUUUCGCUUUAACGGCUCUGGUGAGAUGACUGGCUCUCACUGGUUGGAUGAGACUGGUCUACUUAACUCGCCUAUCAUACUGACCAACUCUUUCUCUGUGGGUGCAUGUUACACAGGUAUUUAUGAAUAUGCUGUUCGCGAAUACAGAGAUAAGGAAAGUGGCCUGGUGGAUUGGUUCCUGCUCCCGGUGGUGGCCGAGACAUGUGACUUAUAUCUGAAUGAUAUUGGUGCCAUGGUUGUCACACCAGAUAUGGUGGUACGAGGAAUCGACCAAGCUAACGCCGACUUUGUAAAGGAAGGUAAUACAGGAGGAGGAACGGAGGUAAUGUAUACAGUUGCUGCUUUGGUCCAGGCAAAUUAUGGUGCUAAAAGGGACCUUCACUUUGGUGGAGUUCCAGUUGGGCGCCUAAUCGCCGAACAAGACGCGAUCGCCACUGCUGAAGAAGAAUCGCAAAGGGAGGAUGCAAGAAAAGCCAAGGAUGGAAGUAUUAUUGUGGUAAUCGCAACGGACGCGCCGCUCCAUCCUACCCAGCUUCAGCGUUUGGCUAAAAGAGCUACUGUGGGUCUAUCGCGUGUAGGUGGAUGGGGAUCUAAUAGCUCGGGGGAUAUCUUUAUUGCCUUCAGUACUGCCGAGAAGAUUCCCCGAGCUCCAGAUUUCAGCUGGAAACCAAGAGUCGAACAGAAUAUUGCUGUGGUGCAGAUGUGA